AUGCUGAAAUUUGUCUAUGCCAUAUGGAAUUUUGUUGAAACACCAAGAGUUUACUUACACGACGAGGGGUACUACUUCUUUAGAUUUGCCAAUGAACUAGACAAAAUGGAUAUUCUACAGAAUGGACCCUAUACAUUUGACUAUCGACCUCUGGUGCUAAAACAAUGGACUGCUGAAUUUCAGAUGGGGAAAGAGUCGAUCAGGCAAAUGCCUUUGUGGGUUACUUUUCCAAAUUUACCUGUGGAAUAUUGGUCGAUUGAGAACCUUGGUAGAAUUGCAAGCUACAUAGGCAAUCUUGUUUGCACAGAUAGUCUGAUAGCUAAAGAGGAAAGAAUUUCGUAUGCUAGAAUGUUGAUUGAGCUGGAUGUAACACAGCUCUUACCUGAACAAAUGGUGAUUGAAGAAGCACAUGGAAAAUGCAUUACUCAGCAGUUAAAUUAUGACUGGUGGCUGAAAUAUUGCCAGGAUUGUGACAAACCAAUAGAAGCAGCUGCGCCACAAGUUGCAGGACCUCAACCAGUUGCAGCUGAUAUGGAGGAUCAGGGGUUAACACAGGAUAAAGAAAUACAGAAGACAACUGGUAUGGAUAGGGGCAAGAAUAAACAGCAUAAAGGUAUAAUGGUAUCAGUCAGUGAGCAACCUGCAAACACUUCAAAAUCUACAAUGCAAGCCGUGAAUGAAAUUGGUUUUAUGGAGAUCAUAACAGAUACAAAGGGUCCUGAUCAUCCCUUAUCCCAACCCCCAUGA